CCGGGGAGCCUUAGCGGAAGAGGGCGGCGGUGCUGGUGGUGAGCGAGCGGAGCGGUGUGACAGGAUGGCUGGGCACAGACUGGUGUUGGUGUUAGGAGAUCUGCAUAUCCCACACCGGUGCAACAGUUUGCCGGCUAAAUUCAAAAAACUUCUGGUGCCCGGGAAGAUCCAGCACAUUCUCUGCACCGGAAACCUUUGCACCAAAGAGAGCUAUGACUAUCUCAAGACUCUGGCUGGUGAUGUCCAUAUUGUAAGAGGAGACUUUGAUGAGAACCUGAAUUAUCCAGAACAGAAAGUUGUGACUGUGGGACAGUUCAAAAUUGGUUUGAUCCACGGACAUCAGGUUAUUCCGUGGGGAGAUAUGGCCAGCCUGGCCCUGCUGCAGAGGCAAUUUGAUGUGGACAUUCUUAUCUCAGGACACACUCACAAAUUUGAAGCAUUUGAGCAUGAAAAUAAAUUCUACAUUAACCCAGGUUCUGCCACUGGGGCGUAUAAUGCCUUGGAAACAAAUAUCAUUCCGUCGUUUGUGUUGAUGGACAUCCAAGCCUCCACGGUCGUCACAUACGUCUAUCAGCUAAUUGGAGAUGACGUCAAAGUAGAAAGAAUUGAAUACAAAAAGUCUUAAAGCCAGUCUCUCUUGAUUUUGCUUUUCAUUCCCCUGUUCAAAUCAAGUAAUUAAACACUGAAGAAUCACUUAACUAUCACUUUUAUAAUAUUUUGCAGUAAAUAUAACACAUCUUCUGUUACUACUUGCUCUAAGCUUCUUAUAAACUAUACGUAGUUUGCAGUCUGAGGUUUCUAUUUUAAAAAGUCCACCUCACAGUAAAUGGUUAUGUGUUAA